UGCGUUUGAGUCGACGCCAUUUCGUGUCCACUGGUUUCAAGGUGAUACAAUCAGCCUGCAGAGCCGUUAACGGAUCUUUACCUACUCAAGUAAAAACAGCGUUGAAUUUUACUCAUUUUUAGUGUUAAACUCCUGUUUUUGAAGCCUCUUUUUUGAGCAGCGGCAAAUCACUCAGACAGGCAGGCAGACCUCCACCGACCCGAUCACAGACACAAUGGACCUCAUGGCCAGCAGCAACGUGACCAACAAGACUGACCCUCGCUCCCUCAAUUCCCGCGUCUUCAUCGGCAACCUCAACACCCUUCUGGUCACCAAGGCCGACGUGGAGGCCAUCUUCUCCAAGUAUGGCAAGGUCGUCGGCUGCUCUGUCCACAAGGGCUACGCCUUCGUGCAGUACGCCAAUGAGAGGAACGCCCGGGCUGCCGUGGCCGGCGAGGACGGCCGCAUGAUCGUGGGACAGGUGUUAGACAUCAACCUGGCAGGCGAGCCGAAACCUCACAGAUCGAAAACAGUGAAGCGUUCUGCAGGAGACAUGUACAGUCCAUCUCUUGAUUUGGACUAUGACUUUCAGAGAGAUUAUUAUGACAGGAUGUACUCCUACCAGCCCUCCCGGGUGCCUCCACCCCCUCCGCCCCUUUCCCGUGCGGUCAUCCCCUCAAAGCGUCCAAGGGUCAGUGUGAGCGGAGGUGGAAGCCGACGAACCAAAACUAGCUUCUCCUCCUCCAAGACCAGCCAGAGGACCUCCCGCACAAUGAAGGUAGAUGAUCUGCAGACCAUCAAGAGGGAGCUCACGCAGAUCAAACACAAGGUGGACUACCUGCUGGAGAGCCUAGAGCGCAUGGAAAAGGACCACAACAAGAAGUCAGAGAUGAAGGGCUCUAAACCAGAACCAGGUGAGGUGUCUCCCCUCAACUCUUCCACCUCCAGCAAGAAAGAUGACCUGAAAGGGGGGCUGAACGACUCGGAGGAGGAGGGAGAUCUGCUGGAGGACGAAGACGAGGUGAAAAGCAGAGGGAGAGAGGAGGAAGAAGAGGAGGAAGGCGAGCAGGAGGAAGGAGAGGACAUCGGCGACAGCGCCAAUGGAGACGAGUCCUAAACACUACACAGGAAAACACAUACACAGCACAAAAUCGUGUAUGAUUGCAUCUCCACACCAGACUUGUACACAGUGGCCAUGUGCUCAUAUCUGCUGAACUGACUGGACAUUUAUAUACAGUGUAUUGUAGAUAUUGCUUUCUCAUACACAUACACAACUUCAAAAAUGUAUCAAGUGUUUUCCAAUUUUCUUUCAAUACCGUUGUUCGAUUUUUCCUACUUUUUUUCUGACGUUCUUUUAUUUGACUUUUUUACGGACAUUUUAUGCGAUUGGGUAAAUACAAACUUAGAUGUGUUACAUUUGCACAGUUCAGUUGAGGAAAAAAUGUAACAUUGUAUGUUUGAACUCAGGGCUAUAGGCCACUCCAGUACGAGUUUAUGUUGUUUUUAGAUGACUGUGUUGACUUGAUGCCAAACAAAUUAAAGUAAUUGGUGGCUGAAAAUGUUUAAAAUUCAAAAUAUAUUCUUGAUCCAGCAGCUGUACAGCUACCUCUAAGCCAGCAGGUGGCAGUGCAUCAUAAAAACUGGUUACACACGACACCACAACUUACUCUUCACCCUCUGCUUGUCAGAUAACAACAUGAGCAUGUACAAAAACCUCACACCCGUAAACCGUUCAAACGAAAUCCCCAUCGCUCUGAAAAUAGUUUUCCUUGUUGCUGAGGUGUUGGGACCUUAAUUGAUCUCGACUUGUGUAAUGCAGUGCUACUCCAUGUUUGUCUUGUUUCUGUUGAUGUUUUGAUUAUCAUUCGACUGCACUGGUGAAAGUAAAUAAACAUGUUUUCCAAGUUGGA